GUUUAAUUAUUUUCGAUAGUAAUCAAUUGAUCAUAUUGCUCCAUCAGUUUCUUUGAUACUUUAUUUAUUUAUUUUUUUUCAUAUUAAUUUGCUUUGAUACCAUUUCUUCAAUUAUGUACAUUGUCUCUCUUUAGUGGUAAUCAGCUGAUCAUCUUGCUGGAUCUGUCUCUCUUUGAUUGCUAAAGACAGUCAACUCUGUUCGUUUUCACCUCUCUUUUUAUUCUAGUAACCUGUAGCUGUUAUUCUCUACAAAAAAAAAAAAAAGAAGCAGCAAAUGGAGUUUGCAAGCUUAGUGGUGGAUCCCAUUGUAUCCAAAGUUUUCGAACUGUUGGUUAAUCCUGUUGUGCGUCAGAUCAAAUAUGUAUUCAACUACAGUGCCAACAUCCACAAUCUCGAAGAAGAAGUUCAAAAGCUCAGUGAUGCUAAACAAAGGGUUAAGCACACUGUGGAGGUGGCUGGGCGGAAUCCACUAGAACAAAUUGAACAAGAUGUUCAGCAUUGGUUGGCUAAGGUGGAUAGUGUCGCUGAAGAUGCAGAUAAAAUUCUUCUUCAAUAUAAAGAUGGAGGAAAAAGGAGGUGCUUCAUGGGAUUGUGUCCAAAUUUGAUCACGCGCCACCAGAUUAGUAGAAAAGCCAGUAAAGAAAUACCAAUCAUUGUUGGAGCCCGAGAAGGGGGAAAUUUUCCCAGAGUUUCCUACCGUGCUCCACCACAGGGCAUAGGGGCAGUCAAAGAGUGUGAAGCCUUUGAAUCAAGAACAUCUGUUGUAGAUGAAAUCUUGAAUGCUUUAAAAGAUGCUCACGUCAAUCUCAUUGGAGUGUACGGAAUGGGAGGCGUGGGUAAAACCACACUUGUGAAACACAUUGCCACUCUGGUCAGGGAACUCGGAAUCUUCAAAUUGGUGGUUAAAGCAAAUGUCACCCACAUGGUGGAUUUGAGAAGUGUUCAGCAAGAAAUUGCAGAAUGGCUACACUUCGAACUUGGUGCAGUCUCUAUUGAGGUACGAGCAGCUCGAUUGAGUGAGCGAAUAAAAAAGGAGGAGAAAAUUCUAAUAAUUCUUGAUGAUAUAUGGGCAGCAAUCAAACUAGAUGAGAUAGGAAUUCCUUACGGCACUGAUCAUAAUGGAAGCAAAAUACUUAUGACGUCCAGAAAUCAAUCUGUAUUGUCGGAAAUGGGUGUACAGAGAGAUUUAAGGCUUGAAGCUUUAGAGCAUCAAGAGGCAUGGAAUCUAUUUGAGAAGAAGGUGGGAGACCUUAAAGAUUCCAACUUACAAUCUAUAGCUAUGGAAGUAGCAAAGAGAUGUGCAGGCUUGCCCAUUUUAAUUGUGACAGUAGCGACGGCAUUGAAAAACAAGCAGUUGUUUGAAUGGAAGGAUACAUUGGAAAGUCUUAAAAAAUUUGAUGGCAAGGGAUAUGAAGAGAGACUUUACUCAGCCCUAGAGUUAAGUUACAACUUUUUGAGAAAUGAGGAGAAGUCUUUGUUGCUACUUUUAGGACAACUCAGACCUGUUGUGCUCAUCCAAGACUUGUUGAAAUAUGUAGUGGGGUUGGGCUUAUAUAAUGAACUCAUCACAGUAGAAGCAACAAGAAAUAGACUGCUUAAAGUAAUCAGUGAUCUAAAGCUGUCUUGUUUGUUACUUGAAGAUGGGGACCAUAAGCGAGUCAAAAUGCAUGAUGUGGUUCACAGCUUUGCAGCCUCAUUUGUGUCCAAGCACGAUCAAGUGCUCGCUGCAGCAUAUGAAGCUGAAUUGGAAGAAUGGCCGAACGAGGACUUCUUUAAGCAGUGCACAUCAAUCUCUUUGGCAUAUUGCAAAAUCCCUAAGCUCCCUGAAGUAUUUGAAUGCCCAAAACUCAAGUCAUUUUUUUUGUUCAAUCAAGAUCUCACAAUUAAAAUCUCAGAGAAUUUAUUCAGUAGAAUGAAAGAACUCAAAGUCUUGGAUUUGACGGAAAUAAAUUUGUCACCACUGCCUUCCUCACUUCAAUCUCUUGAGAACCUCCAAACAUUAUGCUUGGAUUUCUGUGAUUUGGAAGACAUAGCUGCAAUUGGAGAGCUAAAACAGCUGCAAGUUCUCAGCUUGAUGGGAUCUAAAAUUAUUCAAUUGCCGAAUGAAGUAAGAAAAUUGACUUGUUUGCGACUUUUGGAUUUGAGUAGAUGUCAAAGACUUAAAGUGAUUCCGCCAAAUGUCCUAUCAACACUAGCCCAAUUGGAGGAAUUAUACUUGGGGGGAAGCCUUGUGCAAUGGGAGGGUGAAGGGCAUGAUGAAGGAAGCAACAACGCUAACUUGUCCGAAUUGAAGCUUUUGUCAAAAUUGUCCACUCUUGAGAUACAUAUCAUAGAUGCAAAUAUCAUGCCUAAAGAUAUAUUUUCUGAAAAAUUGGAAAGUUUUAGAGUAUUCAUUGGAGAUGGGUGGGAUUGGGCUAAUAAUGAGUAUGAGACCUCAAGAUCAUUGAAACUCAAGCUGAAUAGAAGCGCCUUGUUGGAGAGAGUAAAAGUGUUGCUGAUGAAAACCGAAAGUCUAUAUUUGGACGACUUGAAGGGCGUGAGAAGUGUUCUGUAUGAAUUAGAUGAUCAAGGCUUUCCUGAGUUAAAGCAUCUUCAUGUUCAAAAUAGCCUUGAUAUUCAAUAUAUCGUAGACUGGAUGAAAAUGAACUAUUUCACUGCUUUUCCCAAGUUGGAGUCAUUAAAGGUAGAAAAUUGUAAUGCAUUGAGGAGUCUCUUCUCAUUUUCUAUGUUUAAUGUCCUUAAGAAGCUAGAAGAAGUGAAUGUGAAUAAUUGCGAAAUUAUACAAGUGAUAGUAGCUAAGGAAGGUGAAGAUGAUGAAGAAUGUGAGUUGACGCAACUGCGAUCCUUAACGUUGGAAAAUCUACCCCGAUUUACAAGCUUUUGUUCCCAAGUGAAGGUGCAUUCUACAUCCCAAAGAGCACGAAAUCAAGAAAUAGCUUCUACGGCCUCCAAUGAAAUUGUAUGUGAAGCUGAUGCGGAAGUUCUGGUGGCACUUUUCAACGAAAAGAUUCGAUUUCCUAAUUUGGCAGACAUGAACUUGGUUGGAAUUAAUGUGGAAAUGAUAUGGCCUUGUCAACAUAAAGCAUUGUCUCCGAGUAUUGAAAAAUUAACAACAUUGAUUGUAGAUGGGUGUGGGAAUUUGAACUUUCUAUUCACAUCUUCUAUUGUUGGAAGUCUUGCACAUCUUAAAGUGCUUGAGAUAUGUGACUGCAAAUCUAUGGAAGAAGUAAUACUUGCAGCAGGAGAAGGAGAAACGAUGAACAAAAUAUUAUUACCUAAAUUAGACUCUCUAAAGCUCAAAGGUCUUCCCAAGCUUGUAAGGUUCUGCAUAGCUAAGUUAAUUGAAUGUCCCUCCUUGAAAGUGUUGAAGAUGGGGAAUUGUCCUCGUUUGCAAACAUUUGUCUCCACACAAGUGAACGCAGCUCUCUUCGAUGAAAAGGUUUGGUUUCCUAAUUUGGAGGAAUUGCAUGUUGAGGACAUGCAUAUGUUGAAGAUGAUAUGGUGUGAUGAAGUCCUAGCAGAUUCCUUUGGUAGAUUAAAAGUGCUAAAGGUACUAAAUGGAAAACAGCUACUGGAAAUCUUUCCGUCUAAAUUGUUGGAAAAGUUCUUGGUGAAUCUAGAAUCAUUAACCGUAAAAAAUUGUGAUUCAGUGAAAGAGGUGUUUGAUCUCCAAGCAAUAAUAAAAGAAAGAGAAGUACAUGUUGUAAGGCACACUCAAUUGAGAACUUUGGAUAUUGAGAAUUUUCCGAAUUUAAUUCAAAUAUGGAAUAGGGAUCCUCAUGGGAUUCUCUCCUUUUAUAACCUACGUGAAGUGUGUGCUUGGUAUUGUCCAAAUUUGAAAAAACUCUUCCCAUUUUCAGUAGCUCAAUGUCUACCGCAUCUUGAAUUUCUAAGCAUAGGUGAUUGUGGAAUGGAGGAAAUCGUUACUAAGGAGGAAAGAGCAGAGGCACUUGCUAUUAUUCCCAAGUUUGAAUUUCGUGGGCUAAAGACCAUGGUCCUUGUGGGAUUAGAUGAAAUGAAGUAUUUUUACUCAGGAAAGCACACUCUAGACUGUCCACAACUAAAACAUUUAAAUGUGUUUUCUGCGCAAAUCUGCAAACUUUCAAUUUUAAAUCUCAAGAAAUACAAGAAAUGCUCAUGGAUAAGCAAGAGGACGAACUGGAACUUCAAAUUCCACAACCACUUUUCUCAUUUAGAGAGAUUAUUGGCAAUUUGGAGGAAUUAGUAAUAAAUGACCAGGAUGCUGCAAUGAUACAACAAAGCCAAUUUCCAAUGGAUCUCUUUGUCAAACUAAAAUUUCUUCACUUGCAAAGCUUUGGUUAUUCUUUCUUGAAUUUG